AUGUGCGCACCUAGUUAUUCAUUUGAUUUAAUUCCGUAUGAACAUGUGCUAAGCUCAAACAGCAGUUACUGCCAACCUUUUAGUUCUGAUGCAUCCUGGCAGAACAAGAACGACGAAGCCGGCUGGGGGUUCAUCCUUUUUGAAGAUCAGCAAGUUAAGCUUGUGGGAGUCAGGAAAGGAAAUUGUGCCUCCUCGCCAUUGCAUGCUGAAGCUGAGAGCCUCGCCUGGGCAAUGAAAGAGACGAGACAGAGUGGUGUUAAUGAGGUCUGCUUCGAAUCAGACUGCCAACAACUGACUCGCCUUACUCAAAACCCGCAGGAAUGGCCAGCCAUAGGACCUGAACUGGAUGAGAUCGAUUUUCUGAGCUCUGAAUUCUCUUCUUGCUCUAUCCGUUUUAUAAGACGUACUGAAAAUGUCCGUGCGGACUGCCUUGCAAAGGCAGGACGAUCACGAGCUCAUGAUUUCUGUUACUUGGAUACCAAGAUUCCUCCAUGGCUUGCUCAUGAAGCUUGCCUGUUUGAACCUCUAGUUACUUAA